CCGGAAGUUGUGUUGCUUUUCGUAAUCUACAGCAUGGAAACGGUGAUGGGCGAGCAGUGUGUACUGGCCGGCUUCGGCCAGGCUGUGAUAGGACCCCCUGGUUCAGGAAAAACUACGUACGUGCGAGCUAUGCAGGCUGUGCUCACCGCAAUGGGAAGAAAGGCCUCCAUUAUCAACCUGGACCCAGCCGGGGAGGAGGAACCAGGGGCCGCUGUCAGUCUGCGGGAGCUGCUGGGACUGGAAGAAGUGAUGUCGGAGUUGCACCUGGGACCCAAUGGGGCCCUGCUUUACUGCAUGGAGUAUUUACAGAGUAACCUGGACUGGCUGCUCUCCAGAUUAAAGAGUCUGCACGGAACAUACUUACUGUUUGAUUGCCCGGGCCAAGUGGAGCUCUACACCCACCACCCGGCUCUGCCAAGCAUCCUGCGCCGGCUCGGUGAAUGUGGACUACGGCUGUGCGCAGUACACCUGGUGGACUCCCAUUACUGCACAGAUCCUGCUAAAUUCAUAUCUGUUCUGUGUACAUCACUCAGCACCAUGCUACAUAUAGAGUUACCACACAUCAAUGUACUAUCCAAGAUGGACCUUAUAGAACAAUAUGGCAGACUAGCCUUUAACCUGGACUACUAUACCGAUGUUAUGGACCUUUCCUAUCUGGUGGAUCAUCUGACGUCUGACCCCUUCUUUAGACGCCACCGUCGACUUCAUGAAAAGCUGGCUGAGGUCAUUGAGGAUUAUGGACUAGUGACCUUCACACCACUCAGCAUCAAGGAUGAGCAAAGCUUGCAGAAAGUCCUAUCUACUGUGGAUAAAGCUAGCGGCUUUUGUUAUGGGGACCAGCAAAGAUCUAUGGGGAACCUCAUGUCUGUAGCUGUGGGCGCAGACUUCCACUUUACUUCAGCAUUGGCAUUUCAGGAGAAGUAUGUGGAACAAGAGAAGCGCACUGUUGAGGAAGAGACCUUAGAUUUGUGACCUACGACCAUCAUAAAUUAUUGUUUUUUUGUUUUUGUUUUUGUUUUUUUAACUAAUUCAAAGGAAAACUCUUGUUCUGAUACUUGAACAAUGACAUUAUGGAGGCGGGUGUGACACACUGUUGAAAGGAAGAAGCAGAGAAUUUCCCGUAUUCUCUGAUUGUACAUACAUCACCAGAAGACAUUAGAAUACAACUGUUUAUUUAUUAAAAAUACUGACUUUGUACAUAACACACAGAACGUGUGUAGUUGAUAUUGCAAUGGAAUAGAAAUUAUGGUUUUUGAUAAGAUACCAAAAAAAAACUUUUGUAACGUUUCCUCACUAAACAUACCUAACAAUUAUAUAUGCCCUACAACCUUCUAAAGUAACACAUUCAAAAGCAGUACAAAGAAGCAAACAGUCCUAAACAUUUUACUGCUAAUAUCUCUGAAAAUGCAUGUUAAACCCUUUAAAGACAAAACUUAUUUUUU